CAAUAGGUGGCACUGAUGGACGAUGUAGUUUGCGUUGUCCCCGAGAAAACGUCACUGAGGAAGAGAAAGCGGAGAGGAGAACCUGGGAUCGCGGCCUCGCCGGGAGCAGCGGCCAGGCAAGGACGAGCAGACAUGUGGCGGGAGACCCUUCCAAACGCCUGGGAGAGCAUCAUGUCUCAGAUCAGGCCUUUUGACUAUUCUCAGAAGAAUGCAGUCCUGGUUCCUGUGGCUGCCCUGGGAGUUGGAGGGAUGCUGCUUUACUGGCUCAGAUCUGGACGCAAGAUCAAGACUAUUGACAUGGGCGAAGGGUGGUGGGGCUCAGGCGAAAGGCCCCCCAAAGGGAAAGAAGACACAAGCAUCCAUCCCUUCAAGAUUGAAACAUCUGACAAAGAAAUCGAGGAUCUCCACCAGCGCCUGGAUCGGUUCCGCUUCACACCGCCUGUGGAAGGAGCUGCCUUCCACUACGGCUUCAACUCCAGCUACCUGCGGAAGGUGGUGGCCUACUGGAGGAAUCAGUUUGACUGGCGCAAGCAAGUGGAAGUGCUAAACAAAUACCCCCACUUCCACACCACCAUUGAAGGGAUUGAUAUCCAUUUUAUCCAUGUGAAGCCAUCUUAUGUUCCUCAUGGUAAAGCUGUUCGACCUCUGUUGAUGGUCCAUGGCUGGCCCGGCUCCUUCUAUGAGUUCUACAAGAUCAUCCCUCUGCUCACGGAGCCAGCCAAGCACGGCCUGAAUGAGGGUGAUGUGGUGUUUGAGGUCAUCUGCCCCUCCAUCCCAGGAUACGGUUUCUCAGAGGCCCCUCACCAGAAAGAGUUUGACUCCAUAGCAACUGCUCGGAUAUUUCAUAAGCUGAUGAACAGAUUGGGCUUCAAGGAAUACUAUCUACAGGGAGGAGACUGGGGAUCUCGCAUUACCACAAACAUGGCCCAGAUGCUGCCACAGUCUGUGAAAGGGCUUCAUCUGAAUGUUGUUUUCGUCACCCUAGAAGGUUUGGGAAAGGUGAUUAGUAUAAUGCUUGGGGCUUAUGUACCAUGGCUUGUAGGCUUCAGUAGGGAAGAUGCUCGACGUCUCUACCCUUUCAUGCAGAAGAACAUAUAUGAUGUCCUGCGAGAGUCUGGAUACUUACACAUCCAAGCCACGAAACCAGACACUGCAGGUUGUGGAUUGAAUGACUCCCCAGUGGGGCUUGCUGCAUAUAUUAUGGAGAAAUUCUCAACCUGGACAGACAAAUCAUUUCUGCAUAAAGAUGAUGGAGGCUUGGAAAGCAAAUACUCUCUUGAUGAGCUUUUGACCAAUGUGAUGAUUUAUUGGGUGACAUCCUCCAUUGUGUCCUCAAUGCGAUACUACAAGGAAAACUUUUCCAAGAACCCGAGUAUUCAUAACAGGGUUGGAGUAUAUGUUCCCACAGGGAUUGCAGCUUUUCCUCAGGAGAUUUUACAUGCACCACGUGUCUGGGCAAAGGAUGUCUACAAGAACAUCAUCACUUACACUUACAUGCCACGUGGAGGGCAUUUUGCUGCCUUUGAGGAACCAAAGCUCCUGGCACAAGACAUCAUGCAGUUUGUCCGAAAAGUGGAACAGCUGUGAGCCUGCAGUUGAAGUAUAUGCACAGAAUGGAAACAAGUGGUUCUACCAGUGGCAGAACCUUUAGACUAGACUUGUUUAAUCCCUCAAAAUAAUCACAUAUAUAAACCAGCAUUUUAUUUUGAUAAUAAUUACAGUACUGAUUUUUAAAAUCAAAUUCUUAAUGUUUUCAUAAAAAAAAAAGUUCAAAAAGCAUCUUGUGUUCCUUUGUCACCAGCACCAUAUCAUUGUUGCAUUCAUAGUUCAAGUAAAACAGAAGUUGUAAACA